CUGCUUUGUAAUCAAUCCAAUAUAAAAAGUUAAUUCAAACCAAUGCUCAUCAUGCAUACAUUUGCUUUGUUAAUUUUUAUUAGAUUACCUUUAAUGUAUGAUGUAGUUCGUGUUACGUAAUAAACAUUUGUGUGCUUAAUGUGUUUUGGUCUGUUAUUUACUGUUUUAUUACAAAAGUUCCCCGUACUACAUAAUACCCUGCACCCUAGACACGCUUGCAUAGAGGGAUUGUUCGUGCACCAAUCACACUCGCCAUGGAAAAUACAAAUCGAAGAUCGUUUUAUAUUUUGAGACUCUUCGAAAUACAAUAUAACAAGAAGCACAACUAUAUCUUAAUUGUAUGAGAUGCCUCGACGACAAUUUUGGUGUUCAUUCUGUCCUAUUUCCUUUAAAAGUAUUUGGAAAUUAAACAAACAUCUUUACAUACAUAUGCAACAACUACCAGUGGCCUGUAAUCUGUGUCCGUUGAAGUUUUAUGAUUAUAGUCAAUUAGGAAAUCACAUUAGACAUGCGCAUUCUGAUGAUAUCAUCACCAGGUUUGUCGAAUUUUCUAAACGGAACUUUAUCAAAAAUAUACAACUGAUGGAAACGAAUACAAAUUCUGAUUCUGAUUGGUUAAACACGUCUCGUGAACAAACCGGAAUAACUAGUUGUGAGGAAGUGCAAUGUUUAGAAAAAGACUAUCGAAGAGUCAAAGAAGAGUAUGAAUGUAAGGACGAAUCUAGAGUCAAAAGAGAAUGCGAAUGUAUGGACGAAUCAGAAAUAAGCUUUACCAAAGAAAUAAACGGAAAUGAAGCUUCAAACAACGAAAAUCGUGUACGAAAACCUAAUCAAAAUGUAAUCGAUAAAGACUGUAUAAAUGAUGGAAUGAGAAAAGACGUCAAUACAUUUGUCACAGCUCGGCCGAUUCCGUACAUGGAUAACAGGAGUGUAGCGGAUACAACCGAUGACUGUCGAUUGGACGUCAAUACAUUCGUCACAGCUCGGCCGAUUCCGUACAUGGAUAACAGGAGUGUAGCGGAUACAACCGAUGACUGCCGAUUGGACGUCAAUACAUUCGUCACAGCUCGGCCAAUUCCGUACAUGGAUAACAGAAGUGUAGCGGAAUCAACCGAUGAUUGCCGAUUGGACGUCAAUACAUUCGUCACAGCUCGGCCGAUUCCGUACAUGGAUAACAGGAGUGUAGCGGAACCAACCGAUGAUUGCCGAUUGGACGUCAAUAGUGAGAGAUGUAAAGUUUCAUUUCGUCUUCUCGGCAAUUUAGAAAGCAAAACAAACGGAAAACAUCAUUUGAAUGCUAAUUUCGUAAACGAAAUAUCACUUGCUUCGAACAAUUUAGAAAACAAAACAAAAAGAAAACAUUAUAUGAAUGAUAAUUUAGUAGAGAAGGUACCACUUAUGUCGAACAAUUUACAAAUCAGAACAAAAAGAAAACAUAAGAUGAAGGCUAACUUAGAAGACAAAGUUCCACCUAUUUUGAACAAAUACACGGAAUUACAGAAAAUGAAGUCGGUACAUGUUAAAAUAGAACCUUUGAAAUAUCCUCAGCGGCCUGUUUUCAAUGACACUUCUUUAGGUGAAACAUGUCAACAUUCGAAGACUUCAAAACAGAUAGAAGAAAUUGCACAGCUUACAGUGCAGGAUGAGAUCAGCAGUACAGGAUACACAGAAUGGACUGAGGCUAUACAGAAACUAAAAAGUAGUUUUAGGAAAAAGAGGAAAAGGGACAAAGGAGCAAAGUUCAUCAGUGACCCAGAGUCCUUCUCCAAUUGGUUAACAGUAAAUUUACCUAUUGAUGGGAUCAUAUGUGGCUGCGGAAGACAUCUCAAAACAGUGAAAGCAUUCUUAACCCACUUACACAGAAAAAGCCGCACAGCUCUCAAAUGUUUAAAAAUUUUCAAAAAAGGCAUUGGUCAUAAUCCGUGAAAGUUUAAAACGUUGCAUUGUUUAACUUAGUGCUACUUGUCUGAGUUUAUUCUGUAUGCGGUCUUUGUUUAUAUCUCAUCGAGAAAACCAUCAUGUGUUCGAUUCAAGCAAUCACAUUUGACCAACCUGAACUUUGGAUUUUUACAUCAUGAUUUAUAUACUAUUUCCUAUUGAAUUGAAACCAAUAUAUGAAUGAACAUAAUUAUGACAUAAUCAGCAUUUCUUAAUUUUACUUUUUCUGAAUAAAAUACUAUACAUUUUU